AUCCUUGUUUUAGUAGCCAUCAAUAUUUUUAUUUCCGGUGUACACACUACACCGAUGACAAGUAUUGUUACAACACCAUAAUGAAUAAUUUCGCAGAAUUUUCCGGAUGAUAGACAUCGAAAAUGGCAGUUUCUGUCUCCAAAAUACUCCAGUUUCUUGCCAUAUUUUUUGCAAUAUUUUUGGGUUACUGGGCCUACAGUAGAAGUCAACCGGAGCGGGAACAUAAACGGAGGAUCAUCGAAUGGAUUGAAGAGAACCAACUAGAGCCUUUGGCCCCUGUCUUGGUUAAUACGGGCAACAAGUAUAUAGAAGAUUAUGCUACAUUGAGAAAUGUAAGACCGCACAUUCCACAUGUAUUAUAUGAGGAGCACAGAGCAAAACUGCUCAAAGCAGUACAUAGUCUCAGAGAGCAACUGUUAUUGAGACACUGGUUACAAGAAAAUGAUCUGCUCUGGUAUUUUGAGAGAUUAAAAGAGGAAGAAAUUUUAAGCUUGGCAUCACUCCUGAAAGCUGAGGACAUAGUGUUCCAGAGAUUAACAAGACAUGAUGUAACACUCAAAGAAUACUUCAGAUUAACAGAACAUGUUGAAAACCUCCGCAACAUAUUCAAAGGUGAUUCCUGUGAACAGUACAAAAAGAUUAAAUGGAAGGAGGUGGAGAAGAGUAAAGGCAAAAGUGUCUCCUAUGUCAAAAUAUCUGUUGUCAGCUUCGUAAUUGCUGGCGUCAUUACAAUACUGAACGCAUUGACUCAGAUUGUUGGAGUGGAUAAAACAUCACAAACUGCCACAAGCUCGAACCAGUCAAAAGUUGGGUUCUUUCAAGGUUUAACAAAAUGGCUAUCUUCACCAAGGGAAGAGAUUGUUUGGGGUUGGAAGGAACCUCAAGAAGUUGGGAAAAUGUUAUCAUUUCAGUUGAAGUUCUUUUAUGGAGGGAGGGUCUACCCAGUCUCAGACGCUGACAAUUUGUCUAUAGAAAUUGAGCACCAAAGUGACACACACUUCCCUCCAGUAACGUGUGCUGUUGAACUAGGACAUCCCGAAGUGCACAUCGCUUCAGUCUCCUUCACCGUCAGACGUGCUGGGACGUAUUAUAUCCAUGUAAAGCGCGAUGAUGUUCCCAUCAAAGGGAGUCCAUUUGAAAAGUUUUUCCAGUCAGGUCCUAUGAACCCAACCAAGACUAGAGUAGUGACCAACUGCCCUACAAUUGUUUGUACGCAGCACCAAAGAUAUACUCUUUAUGUUGAACCAAAGGACAGUUAUGGGAAUCUGUGUACACAGCUAGCAAUAGAAAAGCAACUGCAGCAAGAUAACUGUGGACUGCAAUUUAGCUUUAAAGAAGCUGGCACAGAUGAAGAUGCCCAAGUUCACACACAACUGCUGUAUGAAGCUCCUGUUGGUCUGCUGGCAGCUAAAAUAAAUUUCUACAGUCCUGGGUGUUUUACAGGCAGCAUUUCUUACCAAGACACACCAGUCUGUAACGGGGAGUUUAGUGUGGUGGUUUUGAAAGAAGAUGAAGCAGUCCUGGUUAAGAAAAAUAUUGAGAAAAAGAAAUACAAGUGCUAUUACGAGGCUCGUUUACUAAGUUUGUGCAAUGAGCGCUUUUCAAAGGCCAAAAAAGUUUACCUUUAUAUUUCACCCAGGACUCUGAAAGUUUAUGAAUAUUAUUUGAAGAUCAUCCCAAAAUUAAUCACUGCAUUUAGGGUGUGUCCAUCCACAAAGUUUUUGUUUGAUGGGAUGAACAAUCAGUAUGAUGCUCCUGUGUUUAUCAUAGAAGAUAGCACACAGCCCAAUGUUGAGCUUGCCAGUAAAGAUAGAAGCUUAAUUGUUGCCACUUUUACUAACCACCUUAUAAAGAAUAUUGGGGGUUCACAGUCUUUCAAAGAAAAACAAGAAUUUUUCUAUAGUGAAAUGAGAAGUCAUCAUCAGAAGCAUCAACACACCAAGGUGACACUCAAGAUUGACAGGAGUAACUUUUUUGAAAGUUCAUUUAAAGCCACAAAAGGGUUCAACAUUGCUGACUGGUGCAAGAAUUUUGAGAUUCAGUUCAUUGGGGAACAAGGUCUGGAUUGGGGUGGAUUGAGGAGGGAAUGGUUUCAUCUCUUGUGCAUUAACAUUUUUGAUCCCAGUAAAUCCAAGCUAUUCAGGAGAUUAAAGAAAGAUGACCCCCAGGGGCUUGUUCUGCCCAACCCAAAGAGGCCAGAAGACCUGAAGCUGAAAUACUAUGAAUUUGCUGGGAAAGUUGUGGGCAAGAUUCUGUAUGAAUCUGCCUUAGGAGGCUCUUACAAACAGCAAGUCAGUGCUAAGUUUGCACGGUCAUUCUUGGCUCAAUUGAUUGGGUUACGUGUCAAUUACAAGUACUUUGAACAAGAUGACCCAGAUUUGUACACCACCAAAAUCAAGUAUGUUUUAGAGAAUGAUCCUGCAGAUAUGGACAUGCAUUUUGUGGAGGAGGAAUACAAUGAGAAAAAUGAGCUUGAAAGGACAGUUAAUUUGAUCCCCAAUGGAGCUCAGGUGCCAGUGACCAAAGCCAACAGACACCAGUACUUGGAUGCUUUGGCACAAUAUCAGCUGGCAACUACAAUAAAGGAGGAAAUGGAAGCUUUUCUGAAAGGACUUAAUGACUUGGUGCCUGAUAACUUACUCAGCAUUUUUGAUGAAUAUGAACUAGAGCUGUUGAUGUGUGGCACAGGAUCAUAUAGCCUUGAUGACUUGAAAAAUAAUGUGAAUAUCUGUGGAAAUUCAUAUUCAUUCAACAGGACUUUGAAUUGGUUCUGGACCAUCAUUGGAAGUUUCACAACAGAAGAAAUGGCUCGUCUUGUUCAGUUCACCACAGGAAGUUCCCAGCUGCCACCUGGUGGAUUUGGCUCCCUUUCCCCAACUUUCCAAAUCUCGCCUGCUUUGUCUUCUGGAAGUUUGCCUACUGCUCAUACUUGUUUCAACCAGUUGUGCCUUCCAGACUAUGACAGCUUGGAUCAGUUCCACCAAGCUCUACUGCUGGCUAUUAAUGAGGGCAAUCAGGGAUUUGGAAUGAUCUGAUUCCUGUAACUGUUACAGUAUAUUUAUAAUGCAAAAAUGAAAUUACAAUGCAGAGAUUGCUGAAUAAGAUUUACUUGUAGGAGGUUGCAGAAAAAUGUAAAAAUUACUUGUGUUCAGAUUACUGUUAUAAUAAGUCACUGUUUUUAAAUAACACAAAUGUCAAAUGGUUAAAAAGAAUAGUCUCUAAGUGCAAAUAUACUCCAAUAUUUCUAUCAUUUAUUUUAAUACUAGGCAUACAUAUUCUGUAUUUUGGCAUUGUAAAAGCCAAAUUAUGUUUAAAUUUCAGAUUUUUAGACUUUUAUGUUACAAUUUGUUUUGCAAUAUAUAUGAUAUCAGACAAAAAUAGGAGUAAAAGUGUUUGUUAUCUGUGUUGAUCCCAUUUGUUCGCUCAGUAAUCUCUUGUCCUUUAGACAUUUUUCAAUUUUUAUUUUUGAAACUUUAUAAAUGUUGUGAAAUUGAUAUUUAUUUAUAGGUAUAAAUGCA